AGAGCAGAAAAAUCAUAAAGAACGCAUGCUGAACGUAGUGUCUACUUCUAUAAUUCUACACUUCAACUACUGUAAGUCUAGGUCUAUCAGAGAGGUGAACAGUCAUGGAAGGUUGGGAGGAUGAUGGCAAGAAGCUCAAGAACACUCUGCCCUUGUAUGGUAACAAAGAUAGCAUGAAUCUGAACAGUAUGAUCCUCACAAACAUCGUUGGUUCUGCUUACUUUAAGGAAGAGCUGAUACAGUUCAAGACGUUCCACGAGGUCAUCGACGAGAUAUACUACAAGGUUGAGCACAUGGAGCCGUGGGAAAAAAACAGUCGAAAGCUGGCGGGCCAAGUUGGAAUGUGUGCCGGGGUGAGAGGGGUAGCCGCUGGUGGGAUAGUGUCUACUGCUUUCUGUCUCCUCUUCAAGCUGUUCACGCUGAAACUGACUAGAAAGCAGGUUAAUGUGAUGCUCAAUCAUCCGGAUUCUCCAUACAUCAGAGCCAUUGGAUUUCUAUACGUAAGGUAUUGUCAACCGCCUGCUGAUUUCUGGAGCUGGUUUUAUCCAUUCUUGGAAGAUGAAGAGGAGAUCAACCUGAAGGCUGGAGGAGGAUACAAUGUAACUAUCGGGGAGAUGUGUCGCUUGAUACUCACCUCCCUCGACUGGUUUGGCACGCUCUUCCCAAGAAUGCCUGUGCACGUGCAGAAGGACCUCAUUAAGAGACUGGAGGCCAUCCCUCCACCAACAAGGGCUGCCCGAGAGCCUGUAGUUGAGGUAGAGCCUGAGGUGAAGAAUGGACACGGACACGAUGGUGCGAGGGAUCAGUGGGGAGAGGCCGCUCGUAGAAUAAGGGCGGAGGGGGACAGCAAAUCCCCUAGAAGGUCUAGAGAAAGACGUGAUCGUUCACCUGAGAAACGGUCUCGAUCCAGGGAUAGGCAAAGGUCUCGCUCAAGAGAUAGAAAGAGAAAUCGUUCAACUUCAAGAGACAAAAAGAAUCGGUCCAGAUCUAGGGAUAAGCGGAGGUCACGAUCCAGAGACAGACAUCAUCACCGCUCCAACUCUCGGGAGAGGCGUAGGAGUCGAUCACAUGACAGGAGAAAGGGGAGGAGCCGCUCUAAUGACAGGGGCAGUAGACGGAGGUCAAGAUCGCAUGAGAAGAGAGGCCGUUCAAGGUCACCGGAGAAAAGGUCACGCUCCAAGGACAGAAGACGAAGAUGAACACUCAUUAACUCAGACUAAUUUUCCUUACGUAUGUAUUCUUUUUUCAUUUUAUUAACUCUUCAUAAUAAUUAUUAUGUACUUUACAUAAA